AUGGCGUUUCAGGAUUUUGACAAGAUCCAAGAGCGUGUAAACGCUAACAGGAAACGUAAAAUCAAGAAGAGGAUCAUCGUUGGAUCGGUCUCUUUGUUGGUGGUUAUUGCUGCCAUGGUUGGAGGAGCUUUUGCUUAUGUUGCUUAUGAGAAGAAACAUGAACAACAAGUGAAGAACAACAACAAAAAUGACGACAGCAACCUCGAUACCCCGAAGAAGAGCCAGAGCCAGAGCCAGAGCCAGACCCUGGCCCCAACAACCCCAACCCCGGAGGACCAUGUUUCUGCAGCGCAAUCAGUGAUACCCGGUCCGGCCGAUAAAAUCAUCGAAACUCUCUGCAGUUCAACGCUUUACAAGAUAACCUGCGAGGAAGCCCUCAAGAACAGAACAGCGAAGGGUUUCGCUUUGGAAAGUCCGACGACACUUUUCACGUCUGCCAUUGAAGCUGUCAAUGAAAAUCUUGACCGAGUUUUGGAGAAGGUAUUGAGUCUCCAGAGUGAGAACCAGGAUGAUAAAGAUGCGAUAGCGCAGUGUAAGUUGCUUGUUGAAGACGCAAAAGAAGAAACUGUCGCAUCGUUGAACAAGUUCAACGGCACAGAAAUUACCGAUUUUGCAAAGAUUGUUCCGGAUUUAGACUCUUGGUUAAGCGCGGUCAUGUCUUACCAGGAGACAUGCCUUGACGGGUUUAAGGAAGGAACCCUAAAAGCUGAAGUACAAAAGAGCGUUAAUUCUUCUCAGAUCCUAACCAGCAAUUCCCUCGCGAUGAUCAAAUCUUUUGACGCUAAUCUCUCUCCUGUUGCAAAUGUUGCAAGUCUCGCGUCACGACUUCUUCUUGAUGAAAUCCCGUCUUGGGUAAGCAACGAUGAUAGAAGAAUGUUAAAGGCUGUCGAUGUGAAGUCUUUGAAUCCUAACACUACUGUGGCUAAAGAUGGAAGUGGAAAUUUCACAACCAUUAAUGACGCUCUCAGAGCAAUGCCUGAGAAAUAUGAAGGAAGAUACAUUAUCUACGUCAAACAAGGUGUUUAUGACGAAUCUGUGAUUGUUGACAAGAAGAAGGCGAACCUAACUAUGGUCGGAGAUGGUUCACAGAAGACGAUUGUGACCGGAAACAAAAGCCAUGCAAAUACAAUCCGCACUUUCCUUACGGCAACGUUCGUUGCACAAGGAGAAGGAUUCAUGGCACAAUCAAUGGGGUUCAGGAACACUGCUGGGCCAGAAGGACAUCAAGCAGUCGCAAUACGUGUCCAAUCUGACAAAUCAAUUUUCCUCAACUGCCGAUUUGAGGGACAUCAAGACACAUUGCACGCCUACACGCACCGUCAGUACUACAGAAGUUGCGUGAUACUCGGAACAGUCGACUUCAUAUUCGGAGACGCGGCAGCGGUUUUCCAGAACUGUAACAUCUUCAUCAGAAAGGGCUUACCAGGACAAAUGAACACGAUCACUGCUCAAGGACGUGUUGAUAAGUUUCAGACGACCGGUUUUGUAGUCCACAAAUGUAAAAUCGCAGCAGACGAAGAUCUUAAGCCUGUAAAGGAAGAGCACAAGAGUUAUCUUGGACGACCGUGGAAGAAGUAUUCUCGAACGGUCGUGAUGGAAUCUAAGAUCGAGAAUGUGAUCGACCCGGCUGGAUGGUUGAGAUGGCAAGAGACAGAUUUCGCGAUAGAUACGUUGUAUUACGCGGAGUACAUGAACAAAGGACCAGGUGGAGAAACAGCUUCAAGGGUCAAGUGGCCAGGAUUUAAGGUCAUAAGCAAGGAGGAAGCUUUGAACUAUACGGUUGGGCCUUUCUUACAAGGGGAUUGGAUCAAUGCCACAGGCUCUCCCGUUAAGUUUGGUCUUUAUGAUGAUUGA